AUGACAAGAAGGAAGAGUACCCCCAAGAAACAAGUAGAGUCGUAUUUUGACGCAGAAAGAAUCUUGGAUGAAAAGCAAGAAGAUGGAAAAUGGUAUUAUCUUAUAAAAUGGUCUGGUCAUGAUAAACAUGGAAAUCCUUGGCCUUCAAACUGGGAACCCAAAGAAAAUUGUACUCCUUUGUUCCAGGAAAUUGAAAUCUCAUCAGACGAACCCCCACAAAAUGAUGUGCAAGAUCAGAAUGAUAAGCCUGAUAACGAAGUACAGAUGAACAUAGAUAAGCCCGAUGAUAGGAUUAAUAUCGUUGAUGAAAAGAUAAAUUUCAAUCAACUUAACCAAGUUUUGGAUAAAUAUUGCCACAUAAAUCAAAAGACUCAAUCAUCAGAACCAACAAGUGUUAAAAAAGAUGCCAAUAAUUUUCAUAAAAUCAAGUUUCCCCCUUCUAAGGUUAAGCUUGUCAAAAUAAACCCUAUAAAACCGAUUAUUGCUAAUAUUACUGUAGUAGAACAUGAAACAAAGUUACUAAUGAGCGGAUAUCAUUCCGCAAAUAAAUUUCUUAAUAGAAAGAAAUACCCCCUUCAUUCACAAUCUGGUAGACUUUCAUUAUAUAAACGAGGUUCGGAUCAUAUUCAAGAUUCAAAUGAUAAUUCAACAACAAAGAAGCAGAAAACCGAGAUUGUUCCUGAUAGGUCACUGUUAAAUGUUCCCAAAACGAAGGAUGAUAUCCCCAAUGAAGAAUCUCGAGUUUUACAAACAACAUCUGCUAAUGACAAAAAAGAUACUUCACAAUCAAAUAAAGUACCUCCAAGUGGUAAUCCACAAAGUGAACAAAGUGUACCUACCGUACAAACUAGCAACUCAACACAAGUAGGAGCUAUCCAUGUAAAUGAAGAAACUAUAAAACAAGCUUAUUUACGCAUGAGCAAUAAUAAAAAUGCAUCGAGUUCAGGUUCUACAAGUUCAACAUCAUCCAACCUAAAAUUUCGUCCGAUCGCUGCAAAAAUCGCACCAGCAACAUCGCAAUAUACUGUUCCCAAUGUUGCAAAAGUGAAUUCCUCAUCAAAUGUAGGAAAGUUGACGGGUAGUAUCACGUCGACAAACAAACAAAAUUUGCCACCAGCAAACAGGUUGGCCAGUAUAAGAACUCCGGUUCCGGUUGAUAAUUUUCCAAAAAGUAGUGUUUCAGCUACUAAUGCUCAGAUUCAAUCUGAUAAGAAGUCUCCACAACAUACCAGUUACUUUCAUAAAUCAUUUGUGCAAAAAUCAAGUGUUAUCCCGACAUCAAGUUCCAAUAAUGAUACUAACCAACCCAACCAAUCUAUUGAUACUCAAAGGGUUUCAACGCCCAUUAAACCACCUUCUACUAAUGACCGGUCUGCAUCUUCUACAAUGGAUAUUGAUACUUCAUCAUCUAAUCAUCCAUUCUAUCAAUUGCCUUUAGAAAGACUGAAGGAACCAACUGUAUCAAACAUAGAUUUAUGGAUGAAUGAAUGGGCAAAGGCAAAGUCUUUGAAUGAUACUUUAGAGAAAGAGAAGAAUGAAUUAUUCAAAGAAAAAAAUAAAUAUGUUAGGGAAGUUCAUCAUCUUAGACUUGAGGUUGAAAGGAGACCACAAUCUGAAUCGGAAUCAUCCGAAAUAAUCAAAAAAUAUCAUGAAAGUAUUCAAAGAUUAUAUAAUAAAUGGUUAGAAACCCAAAAUAAAUAUGUCACAAAGGUUAAGGAUUUUACAAACCUUGAAACGGAACAUUCAAAAUUACAGACAGAAUAUAAUCAAAUUAAAAAGCUUGUAAUGGGAAAACACACGGAGGGAGAAACACUUAAAGGUGAAAUAAAAAAGUCAGCUCAAGAAUUGAACGAACUUAAAGAUGAAAAUAAAAAUUUGAAGGCAGAUUGGUCAUGUUUAAUGAGAAAUGGUGCUAUAAUGAUGAGAGAGGAUUAUUGUAAAAUCACAAAACUUGAAAAUUCUUUGCAGGAAUUAGUUCAACAAAGAAGCAAUGUCAACGAAGUAAUCAAUAGGUUGAGAAAAGACAUCAAACAGGAAGUACCAACCUUACAGAGACAUAGAGAUAAUCCCAAAAAUCUUGUAAAUAUUGUCAAUCACAAUAGCUCCGAGCAAGGAGGUACUAAUACUAACAUUGUGCAAGCUAGAAAUGUACAAACAGUCAAGCCGGUUCGUAAUUAUCAUUUAUCCAAAUUGGCUGAAAAACCUAAUGUUUCGGCAAAUUCGAAAUCACAAUUGCCAACCAAUUUACGUAUGAUACAAAGUAAAAGACCGAUUGGAGGUCCUAUGAUCACAAAUCCUAUCACAAACACUGCAAGAAGAUUGAAUCUACACUACCAUACGGAAACGAAAAACGAGGUAAUUGUACAUCCAAUUCCACAAAAUCCUACUAAAUCAACCCAGCAAAUGAAUUAUCUUUGUGAAUGGAAUUUAUGCAAAAAAUUAUUUAGCAACAAAUCAGUAUUGAAAAAUCAUCUUAAAGAUCAUCUUAAUUCUGGUAAAAUUCCAAUUGGGAAAGACAAAAAUAUUGAUGAUACUGAUGAUUUAGUAGCAGUUAAAAUGGAAUUUUGA